AUGCCUAGAACAAACAAAGAGAGGCCGGUCACGGCGCAAGCGCCAUCCGCGACGUCUCCCAGGCUGACGACCUCAUCUAUCAGUGCCGACCCAAUUCUCGGAUACAAGAUUCGAGUUCUCAUUCAUGAUUUCCUCAGAGAAGCAAAAGACCCCGAAGCGCAACGACGAAUCGACUCAACGACCGAGGUCAACUACAUCAGCGGCCCUUACUUCGGUCAAGAACAAGCCAAACGAGUCAGGGAAGCUACUGUAGACGUGGAACUUCAGACCAGCACAUCCGCGGCCACCCGAGACAACCAUGAAGGCGACAAAAAUGAGGAACGUGAUUCCAGGGGGCGAUCAACGCACAGAGACAUGAUUGGUCUCACCACAGCCAAGGACAACAGCGCCCAGCCGUUGGAAGCGAAGCGUCAAAUCGCAGGCCGCCGAUUAGCUCGCGACUUCGGGAGUCUGCAGGAUCACGACCGGUUCCAGAUGAGCGCCCUCGGAGGAGGUUCCUCGGAUAGAUCUGAUGCUGCCUCGCCUAUGAGCAUUGCCUCAGAUACUAGUGACGAAGGUGUUGAACUCGAAGUUGGUGACAGUAUUACCCUACAGAACAUGGGCGACGAUACCACGCGUUUAGAGCUGGAGGUGAGUGUAUCGAGUUUUCUGCUGCGGGACCAUGCUGACCUUGACACGGCCUACUUUGCCCCCAAUGACGAGCUAAUCAUUGAAAGAGUCCCAUCCAAUGUCAGGUUUGAGAUUGAUGAUGUUGAAAGCGAUUGGGUUCACGAAGAACAUUUUGACUUCAUCUUCAGCCGCUACAUGGCUGGAUCUCUCUCCGACUGGCCAACGUUUGUGAGUAGAGCAUAUGAAAAUCUUCGGCCAGGGGGAUGGGUUGAGUUUCAGGACUAUGAUUUUGAAUUCUCGUCACUUAACGGAAGUCUGCGGCCCCAUCAUAAGACACACCAGUGGGAUCAAACUUUCCUAAAAGCAGCCAGGCUAUGUGGUAUCGAGCCAUGUCCUGGAUCUAGGCUGGAGGGCUGGGUGCAGGAUGCAGGUUUCAUCAACAUCGGGCAUAAGACAAUCACGGUGCCUCUCGGGCCGUGGGCUAAAGACGAGUACCACCAAGAAAUCGGCCUGGGCAACUUGAUACAGCUUCUAGACGGGCUCGAGGCAUUCACCUUGAGGCUAUUUUGUGGAGUUCUUGGCAAAACAGAGGAAGAGGUAUCGACACUGUUGUCCGAAGUUCGCCAAGAGCUGAGAUCGCAAGUUUUUCACGCCUUUGGCGAAUUUCAUGUAGUCUAUGGACAGAAGCCAGAGUAA